GAAAGCAGAGUGAUGGGAAUGGCUUGCUGCCUAUGCAAGUUUGGUACAUUGUCUUUGAGGUCACGACCCUUCGCCCCUCCCUCUUACCCUUUUCCCUUCACAUUUUUACCCACCAAACGCUGCUUUGUCUCUUCUUCUGCUUCUGCGUCAGCAACGUUCACGUGGGACGAUGUUUUUCGCGUAUCUGAAUCUCAAACAGAGGAUCACUCUCGUUAUCUCCAAGGAUACUUCCACAAAGUCCAUCUAUGCAAUCGUGGUUCUGAGAAACAAUCUGAAUUCCUACCAUUUGUCAUUGAGGACAACAUUAUCGGAUUCAUUCACAAUGGGUUUGUGGAGCAUUUGAGGGGAUUUGGUGAUGUGUUUAUUUUUCCCAAAGAUAAAUACAAUGGAGGCUCCUAUGGUGACUGUGUUUCAUUGCAUCCAAUGCUGAAGACAGCAGAGGAAAGAACCAAUGCCGUUGGAUAUGUAAUAGAGAGUUUGGGAGAGGAGCAUGUUCCAGGUAUACGAAAUGAGCUUUACCCUGUGACAUCGUCAUUUGGGGCACCAAUUUUCUUUUCAUUAGAACGUGCUGCAGCUCCUUAUUUUGGCAUAAAGGUCUAUGGAGUCCAUAUGUGUGGCUAUGUUGAACUGGAUGGGCAGAAGCACCUAUGGAUAGGGAAGAGAAGUGACAUGAAACCUACAUAUCCUGGAAUGCUUGAUCAUCUAGUUGCUGGAGGACUGCCGCAUGGUAUUGAUUGUCAGGAGAAUCUUAUAAAGGAAUGUGAAGAGGAAGCAGGAAUACCCAAGUCCAUCUCUAUACAAGCGAUACCUGUCAGUGCUGUUUCAUAUAUGGACAUUGAUGGGGAUAGAUAUAAGAGAGAUGUUCUAUUCUGUUAUGAUUUAAAACUUCCGAAAAGUUUCAUACCUAAAAAUGAAGAUGGAGAAGUUGAUAGCUUCAAGCUGAUCCCUAUUACGCAAGUUGCAGAAGUUAUACGCAAGACCCAGUUUUUCAAGCCGAAUUGCUCUCUGGUGAUCAUUGACUUCCUGUUUCGCCAUGGAUACAUCAGUCCUGAACAUCAAGGAUAUUUGGAUCUCUUACGAAGCUUAAGAAUAGGAGAUUGCUCCUAACACAGAAAGCAUCAUGACUAUUCACCGUACCAAGCAUUAAUCUGUUUUUAUGUUUCUUAUUGUUAUCCUUUGUAUUUGUCGGUAAAACUCCAUAAUAGUUAAUUCAGUACUAUAUCAUUCUCAUGGAUUUUACUUUUCCAGUGAUAUCGUCUUCAAUUUGGAUACUUGUUUUGUACUUUCAUUUUUCAAGGGCUAGUGUGAAAGGACAAUUGAAACAUUAAAUAACAACUGUGUUCAAAGAAUUUUU